AUGACGAAUCUGAAUUUUGGUAUAAACAAAUCAGGGAAAAACAUAAAAAAGAGUCGUUUACAACAAAUAAUUGAUUUUCGCAAUAAUGUUAUAACUAGUGGUAGAUAUCGUUAUCCCCAGGACAAAGUUCACAAUAUUCACAAAGAUGAUUUCAAGAGUUUUGUUCAGGAUCAUACUGGAAAACAAUCUAAUGGAUCUAAAUCUCUGGCUGAGAAUGAGAUAACAAGGUUGCAGAAGAUUCGGCCUCCACCAUUAUCCAUUACAAGGCCACAAAUUCCAAUUCAGGUUCCGGUUUCGGUGCAAAUUAUAACUUCUCCGCCAGCUCCUUACAAUGUAUUGUCUUCAAAUGGUCCUCCUCUUGUUGACAAUUCAUGGACCAAUAUUGUUGAAUCUCCAAUUUCUGCUUUUGUGCGAAAUUUUCUAAACUCUCCUCAAAAACAAAUAAUGAACAAUGCUAACGUUCAAUAUCAACCAGACCAUUUUCCUUUUCAAACACAAGUUGUUACAAAUGUUCAGCAUACUCAAUCUACUUCUUCAUUGGUUCCUAAUCCUUUGAUGCAUCUGAAUGCAACAAACCAAAAUUUUACUAUGAAUGGUGGCAACCAAUUUGUGAAUGAUUUCCCCGAAUCACCAACUUUAGAAUUCCUACUUUCUUCACCGACAAGUAACGAGAGUUUGUUAUUCCCCCCUGGUCACUUUCUAAGCCUCUAUUAG